CGAUCGUCAGCGCGCACGCCGCGCACCUCGCGUCACCUGGACCACCACUAGUGCAACGAGCGCGAACUUUCAAAACAUUAUUUUACUGCAAGUUUGUUUCUGUGUGGACUGACUGUUCAGUGACAAAAUGCCUAAGAAUAUAUUAGCUGAGAUGGGGUCCCAAGUGGGCCUCACACCCCGGCAGAACCAGAAGGAGCCAGAAGAAUGGUCUCGGCGGCAAAGCGGACCGAUGAUCAACCCGUCGUUCGAGCCGGACGACUUCCUACCACAAAGCCUGUCACCGGUGAAGGAUGAGAAGAAAAGGCCUGGAGACAAGAGCAUCUUCCUCGUCAACAUGAAGGAGAAGAACAUACCUGAGGUCGAGGAGUACGAGCCUUAUGACAACAGAGUCGUGGACCAUCCUACAACGAACUUGGAAACGUUUCUUCACUUGAUGAAGGGAAGUCUGGGCACAGGCAUCUUGGCUAUGCCCAAAGCUUUCUCCAACGCUGGCUACGUAGUAGGCUCUGUCGGGACUGUGGUCAUCGGAGUCCUAUGCACGUACUGCAUACAUAUCCUGAUUGACUCAUGCUAUGUGCUGUGCAAGAGAAGAAAAGUGCCAUCUCUGUCGUAUACUGCGGCCGCCGAAGCAGCGCUUCUGGAAGGACCUGAUUGGUGCAAGGCCUGCGCCCCUUAUGCUGCGCACGUGGUGAACGCUUUUCUACUGGUGUACCAAAUAGGAACAUGCUGCGUAUAUGUAGUGUUUGUGUCUGAAAACAUUUACUUCGUACUUACGAAGCACUUUGGUAUAGAAAUAACAGUUCUACAAGUGAUGUUGUGCAUUCUACUGCCACUCGUGUUGAUCAACUGGGUGCGGGACCUGAAGUAUCUGGCUCCGUUCUCUGCGAUUGCAAACGCCGUGACCAUCGUGAGUUUCGGUAUCAUCCUGUACUACAUCUUCAGGGAAACUCCUACCCUGGAAGGCAAAGUUCCGGCAGGGAAACUGGCUAACUUCCCACUGUUCUUCGGAACUGUACUGUUUGCUCUGGAAGCCAUUGGCGUGAUUUUGCCCUUGGAGAAUGAGAUGAAGACGCCAAGAGAUUUCGUAGGCAAAUUCGGAGUACUGAACUGCUCCAUGAUCAGCAUCAUCGUCUUAUACGUCGGUAUGGGCUUGUUCGGCUACCUGCAAUACGGAGACGAGUCCGAAGGCAGUAUCACCCUCAACUUGCCCUCAGGUCAAGAAGUUCUUGCCAACGUAGUCCAGUGCCUUCUUGCCUUCGCAAUCUUCAUCACCCACGGGCUUGCCUGCUAUGUCGCGAUUGACAUCCUAUGGAACGAAUACAUUGGCAUUCGUCUUCUGAACAGCAAACACAGAUUCCUUUGGGAGUACUUCAUUAGGACAACCAUCGUGCUCAUGACUUUUGGUAUCGCAGCAGCUGUACCGGCCCUGGAGCUGUUCAUCUCACUAUUCGGAGCUCUGUGCUUAUCAGCGCUCGGUCUGGCCUUCCCUGCCUUGAUCCAAAGCUGCACAUAUUGGUACUACGUGUCCCGGUCCGAACGCAUCCGCAUGAUAGUCAAAAACGCAAUCGUCGUGCUGUUCGGAGCACUGGGUCUUGUCGUCGGCACCUGGACUUCGCUUGAGCGCAUUAUCGCUACAUUCGGCACCGGCGGAAUUGAAGCCGGCUCUAACCACACCUUAGCGAGUAACACAACGCAAGCGCCCUGAAGAUGACCAGGCGGGAGCGUUGAACCACUCUCGUAGCAGUGCCAUCGCAGAACCGUCCCGCAUUCAACGAUGCAACGAUUCUUCUUAGGUACAUACUCUAGGUUAUUGUAGAUCUAUAAGUAUUUUUUGAGGAACGUUUUCCAUUGAAACGUUAACAUAUAGUUUAUAAGAGAUGUAUUAUGAAUUGUUGACUCAUAUUAUUUGUAAGACAGCUUUAUUUUAGUGGUAGUAUAGUGUGAUAGGUAAACGUAGGUACAAUGUUUCAUGCCGUUUCAAUAAUUUCUACGCUCUUGUCUAUUCAUCUAAGAGGCAACAAGCAAGUGCUUUUGCUACACUGUAUUUUUUAUAUUAUUUGUUAGUUCCAGUGACAUAAUUUAUUGCAAUAAGUAAUCGAGUAUUAAAAAUUAAGUAUUUAAAUUAUUGUUAAGUUCAAUGAGAUUUUCAUUUGAUAAUACAUUAUUGAAUGUUGCCCUUUGUAAUGAGCUGAUGGUAACCGUACCCGACGACUCUGUGAUCAGCUAGUGAUAUAAUAAGCAUAAUAAAGUUCUUGCCUGUUCUGUAUCAAGCUGCUCGAAGAAUUAAGGCAUUUGUUUUAUGUCUCCUUUGAUCUGCUCCAACUGCUCGAUUAUCACUUUUUCACAUUACAACAUCUUUAUAUAUUUACGUAUCUGAUAUGUAUAAAAUAUUCCUUUUGUCAUUUUUAACUUAUAAUAUUAGUUUUAUUUGAGAAUAUGUAUGUAUACGUGCAUUUAGUUAUUUUAAUAAUACAUAGGUAUGACUAAUUAGGGGUGUCUCUAGCGCAUGUGGAGCUCGGGUACUACUAAUACUAAAACAAUUUUGAAUUAAAGAUUGCGUGCUUUACAUCUUAUGCACUAAAGGUUAAGACACCCCUAUGAAUAGUUUUAUAUGAAUUCGCAAAAAUACCGGUCUCAUUGUAGUUGUCGGGUUAACACAAUAGAAAACGGUUGUAAUAAUAAGUCGUUAGUAUUAGUAGCGAGCGUAAGCGAUUAUCCUAAAUCAGUGAGAUUGAAUGUUAGUUAAAAGGUGGCAUUUUGCUAGAAUUAAAGUACAAUCAUUGUAGGCUUGUUGUCCACGGAAACUGCACUAAGUGCGUUCGUUUUCGUCAAUUGACGAUUGUAAGGCGAAUGCGUAAAUCUUGCAUUUUGCAUAGAAAUAAACGAAAUUGUGUCCACACAGAGGCGUCAUGUAUUCGUCGCUAUAUUACUUUAUCGUCAUCACGAAACAUUUUCGGAACAAAAGGAUGCAGCCAUGAUCUAUCAAUUGAAAACUGAGACAAUGUAGAAAAGCAUCGUGGACGAAAAAAUACGUAAAAUCCGCCUAUCAUUCGUUCGUUCGGCAUAUGAUGCAUCCGUGGACAGUAGGACUAAGGUUUAAUUUUACGUAGACACGCUUUAUCGAUGUUCCAUUCACAACUAUAUUUUAUAUUUAAUGAGAACAUCAAAUUUACAAACAAUUAGUAUUAAUACAAAGUAAUUUUGGACAUCGAUCAAGUAUAACUGAACGCAUUAUAUUAGUUAGUCAGACUUUUUUUUAUUUUUUGUACACACUUGUCGCAGCUCCACGUUAUUUAUUGAUACUCUUGCAUAGUAAUUCAGUUGGAUAUUGUGUGAAACUCGCUGUCGGCCGCGACCCUGUCGAUAGACUAGUGGUUUGAUAACGAAGGCUAAUGAGGCCGUUAGCACGCAGCGACAUUUUUCUAUAGGUUUAAUAUUUUCAGUAGUUGGUCAGGAUUAGGAUUUAAUUUUGUUUUAUAUCAAAGAUUUUAAUCGACUACCAAUCAAAGUUUAGUUAUAAAUUCUGUCCUCGCUAAAUUGUUACCGUUUAACUUUUGGUUGUAUGUGUGUGACCGGACUUUACAUGGACUUAAUAAUUAGCAUUUCUUUGACCCAAAUUGACAUUGAAAUAAAAACAUUAUUUUUAAGUAUUUUUCUCAUGAUGUCAAGCAGUAUCCUAGAAAGGUAGAUUUAACGUACAAAUGCCAAGCGUGUACCGGUCAUGCAUAUUGACACAAACUGUGAUGUUGAUAGAUAUAAAUAUAUUUAUUAGGAUGUACUAUGUAGUGUUUCGAUUAUUUGUUUGUUGUGCUGUGUGUUGGACACGACAGUGAUAAAGUGCUCAGAUGUGUAACUAGGUAAAACCCA